AUGGUCCGCCUGGCUGCCCCGCAGCUGCUCCUGGCUGUGACCCUUCCCCUGCUGGGGUCACCAGGUGCCACAGCGUCCCAGCCGGACCAGAGUCAGGCUGGAGGGGAGUCUGGGCAGCCCCUGAACCAAGAGAGUGGAGCAGGGGAAUCAGCCCUGGUCGCCAUCUAUGUCCAGCUGGACGCUCCGGACGAGACCUGGCUCCCCGUGCUCUCUAAGAGCCUGACUCUUGCCACUGCCUUGCCUUCCUCUUCCCCAAGAACCCUCACUGGCCUCAGCCUCACUACAGUGUGCAAUGCCAGUGGCCAGGGGUACAUCUGUACGUGCUGUGCCGGGUACCAGUGGAACAGCAGCUCCUGCUUCCGUCACCGUGCCUGCACCGACUCCCACGGUCAGCUGCCCUAUAGCUGCCUUGUCUUUGAGGAUUCUGAACCAGGCUAUUGCCAGUUGCUGCCACCUGGGGACGGGCCUGGGCAGACGGGGGAGCCACAGCUGGGCACGGAGGGGUGCCUGGUCCUGGCUGUUCCGCGCUGCCCGGCCACUGACACCACGUACACGUGCGAGCUGCAGAGCCAGGGCUUGGCUCCUCUCAGGGUCCCUGUCUCCGUCACCGUCCUCCACGACGGAGAUGUCGCCUGCCCCGAGGACUCCUUGGUGGUUGCCUGGAAUGUCACCAAGGCUGGCCACGAGGCACAGGCCCCAUGUCCUGCGGGCAAGAGGGGCGUGGUGAAGAGGCUGUGUGGGCCCAACGGGCUCUGGGGUGCCGUUGACUACAGCUGCACAGACACGAGGCUCCUGCGCCUGUUUGCCAAGGCCAAGCUGCUGCUGGCAGGCCAGGGCAAGCCUGCUGAGAAGGUGCCAAAGAUCCUGGCCCGGAUGCCACGGCUGGCGGAGGAGAGCAGCUCGCCCUCUGACUUAGUGUCACUGUUGGGCACCGUAAAAGCCUUGGCCAAGGUGGUAGCCGUAGCCAGUGUACAGCUUAACCGCAGUGCCCUGCAGGACCUCCUGACAACCACAGACAAGGUGCUAGACAUGAACAUCAGCUCUCUGUGGACACCGGCCCAGGACAAGGAGCCCUCAGUGAGCUCAGACCUCCUGCUGGCUCUGGAGACCCUGGCGCGCAGCCUGUGCCCACUGGAUCAACCGUUCGCCUUCAACUUGACCAAUGUGCAGUUGGACAGCCAGCUCUACACGCCCUCUCUCUCUCCUGACUACAGGGUCUCCUUGCCCCCCAUGCAAGUUCAGAUCCCCCAGCACUCUCUGGCCCCACAUGUUCCUAAUGGAACCAAUGUCAGAAUCACCAGCUUGUUGCUACAAAAACUGGGCCAACUUCUGCCCCCAAACUAUGGGCAGGAGCUGGGAGAUGCUCUGUACGGCACUUCUGGUCAGGUCCUCUCCAUCUCCAUUAUGGCUGGUAGCCAGGCCAUCAAUCAGGUCAAGGUCAUCAUGAACUUUGGGGACAUAAAUGGUAGCGCCCACUGUGUCUUCUGGGACUACAGACUUUUCCAGGGCAAUGGGGGCUGGUCAGAGGAAGGGUGCCAGGUGGCCAGCACUCAACCCACCCCUCAGUGCAUCUGCCAGCACCUCACUGCCUUCUCCAUCCUUAUGUCCCAACGCUCUGUCCCACAGGCACCAGCCCUGGACCUGCUGAGUCAGGUGGGCUUAGGGGCCUCCAUAGUGGCACUGCUCGUGUGCCUGGCCGUGUACAGGCUGGUGUGGAGAGUCGUGGUGCGGAACAAAGUCGCCUACUUCCGCCACGCUAGCCUGGUCAACAUGGCACUGUGCUUGCUGGCUGCAGACACCUGCUUCCUGGGAUCCCUGCUGUUUCGUCCUGAAACCCACAGCCCGCUCUGCCUGGCCACGGCCUUCCUCUCUCACUUCCUCUAUCUGGCUACCUUUUUCUGGAUGCUGGCGCAGGCCCUGGUGCUGGCUCAUCAACUGCUUUUUGUCUUCCAUCAGCUGUCCAAGCACCGAGUGCUCCCCAUCAUGGUGAUCCUUGGCUACUUGUGCCCACUGGGGUUUGCAGGGCUCACCCUGGGCCUCUAUCUACCUCGAGGGCAAUACCUGAAGGAGGGAGAAUGCUGGUUGGAUGGGCAGGGAGGGGCGCUCUACACCUUCGUGGGGCCAGUGCUGGUCGUCGUGGGCGUGAACGGACUGGUCCUGGCCAUGGCUGUGCUGAAGCUGCUGAGACCAUCGCUGUCAGAGGGGCCCCCGGCGGAGAAGCGCCAGGCUCUUCUGGGGGUGGCCAAAGCCCUGCUCAUCCUCACACCCAUCUUUGGCCUCACCUGGGGGCUGGGCCUGGCCACUCUGCUAGAGGAAGUCUCCAUAGUCCCUCAUUACAUCUUCACCAUUCUCAAUGCCUUCCAGGGUGUCUUCAUCUUACUGUUUGGCUGCCUCAUGGACAAAAAGGUACGAGAGGCCUUAUGGAAACGCUUCUGUGGCACCCAAGCCCCCAGCUCCGCCAUCUCCCUGGCCACAAAUGAAACCCAGGUCUUGGACCACAGCAGAGGAGGAAGUGAAGACAGCAGGUGA